UCAAUGAAUAAUCAUUGUUCAGGGGCUGGCAGUCUAAUAAGCUCAUACAAUGGACCAACUUGAAUCCCAUGCAAAUGCUCGAGGACAUGAAAAAGCUGGAGUACAGUUUUCCGUACAAAAUUCUCGAGGAUUACAUGAAGCAAGCGGGCAUCAGCAACGGGUAUCAGAGCAAACCUUGUCUCGAUCCACGGGACCCUGAGUGUCCCGACAGCGCGCCCAAUAAAAAAACGAAGCAGGUGCCUGACAUCGGUGCCGAGCUAACGGGAGGCUGUUACGGGUUUGCUGCCAAGUACAUGCACUGGCCCGAAGAAUUGGUAGUUGGUGGUGGCAAGCACAACAAAAGCGGCCACCUGACCCGCGCCGCCGCCCUUCAAACCGUCAUCCAACUGAUGGGCGAGCGCGAGAUCUACGAUUACUAUAGCAACACCUACAAGGUCCACCACAUCGACUGGACCCAGGAGAAGGCCAGCCAAGUGCUCGACGCCUGGCAGCGCAUGUUCAGCAAACAGCUCAAGAAGAUCCAGAACUCGAGCGAGUCCGGGCCCUACAACGUCUACUCCUUCAGCACGCUCAACAUGAACGACAUUCUCAGCAAGUACAGCGAGCUCUCGCCCCUGAAGGUCGUCAUUGGCUGCGGUAUCAUGGUGCUCUACGCCGGCGUGGUUCUCUGGCGCUGGAAGGACCGGGUGCGCUCGCAAUCCGCCGUCGGUAUGGCCGGAGUCGUGCUCGUUUGCGCCACCCUCGCCGCCAGUCUGGGUUUUUGCGCGCUUUUCGGCAUCCCCUUCAACGCUGCCAGCACGCAGAUCGUGCCCUUCCUUAGCCUCGGUCUCGGUGUUCACGACAUCUUUCUGCUCACCCACACGUACGCCGAGCUCUCGGUGAAGGAAGUGCCGCGCGCCGAGCAGACCGGCGUAGUGCUCAAGCGGGCCGGGCUCUCGGUACUGCUCGCCGGUUUGUGCAACGUGGCUGCCUUCUUUGCCGCAGCCAUCAUACCUAUCCCGGCUCUGCGGGUCUUCUCGCUGCAGGCUGGGGUGCUGCAGCUGUUCAAUCUAGUGGCUAUGCUGCUCGUCUUCCCGGCUAUGAUCAGUCUCGAUCUUAGGCGCAGGCGAUCCGGACGCUCGGACAUUCUCUGCUGCUGUCUGCCGGAGCGAAACCCGCGGACGAGUCAUAACCCGCGCCACCACCAGGUGAAACAGCAGCAGCAGCAGACCUGGCUCGAGGCGGGGGAGGACGAGAGUCUGACGGGUUGCGUGCAGGACGACUGCCUGAGCUUCUCGCUGACGCAGUUGGCAGCCAAGUACUACGCGCCGUUCAUCACUCGGCCCUCGACGAAGGCGCUGGGCAUGCUCUUGCUCGCUGGAUUGUUGGGAUGUAGCGUGUGGCAGGCCAUGCGCGUCACGGACGGUCUCGAUCUCACCGAUCUCGUGCCCCUGCACUCGGACGAGCACGCCUUCCUCGAGGCCCAGUCGAAGCACUUUGGCUUCUACAACAUGCACGCCGUGACGGGCCGAGACUUUGAUUAUCCAAACAACCAGCGGCUGAUCUACGAGUACCACGACGCCUUCAUGCGUAUCAAGAACGUGAUAAAAAAUGACGACGGUGGUCUACCAGAGUUUUGGCUGAGCCUCUUCCGUGACUGGCUGAAGAGGCUGCAGGAAGCUUUCGACCACGAUUAUCGCGGCAACUGCAUCACGACCGAGGGUUGGCACAAAAAUGCCAGUGACGAGGGUAUUUUGGCUUACAAGUUGCUCGUGCAGACCGGCCGCGUUGACGAUCCAACGGAAAAGUCUCCGGUCGCGGUUAAGCGUCUCGUCGACUCUGACGGCAUAAUCAACCCAAAGGCCUUUUACAAUUACCUGAGUGCCUGGGCGUCAAACGAUGCUCUCGCGUACGGCGCUUCCCAGGGCAAUUUGAGGCCCGAGCCCAAACAGUGGAUCUACAGCAACGAUCAUGAGCUCAAGAUCCCAAAGAGCUCGCCGCUCACCUACGCCCAGAUGCCCUUCUACUUGCACAAGCUCACGGAAACGUCGGACAUUAGCGAGCUUAUAACCAGUGUGCGUCGUUUGUGCCGGCGUUUCGAGGAAAGGGGCUUGCCAAAUUUUCCAUCGGGCAUACCCUUCAUGUUCUGGGAGCAGUACAUAGAUCUGAGAAGCUGCCUGGGCUUGGCCCUACUGGCCGCGCUCGGUGCUAGUCUCUUUGUCGUCGGAUUGUUGCUGCUGAACCUCUGGGCCGCCAUUCUCGUGGGCACUUCGCUCGCGGGCGUCGUUCUCCAGCUGUUUGGUUUUAUGGGACUGUGUGGUAUUAAACUCAGUGCGGUCACGGCCGUUCUGCUGGUGGUCAGCGUCGGCAUCGCUGUACACUUUACCGUCCACAUAUGCUUGAGUUUUAUCACAUGCGUGGGCAGCCGAGAUCGGAGAGUGCGGCUCGCGAUGGAGCACAUGAGCGCGCCCGUGGUCCACGGGGCCCUCACCAUUCUCCUGGCGGUACUCAUGCUGGCGUUCUCCGAGUUUGAGUUCAUCGUCCGGUACUUCUUCCUCGUGCUCAUCUGCCUGGUGGGCAUCGGUCUGCUCAACGGGCUCUUUUUCUUUCCGAUUCUCCUGUCGUUGAUCGGCCCAUCGGCGGAGGUGAUACCGAUCGAGCACCCCGAUCGAAUAUCGACGCCGACGCCGCCGACAUCGCCGAUCCUGCGGAGGUCCUCGAAACCACCGGCGCCACCGCGGCGCUCCUACAAAAUUGAAAACGCGAGGCUGCACGCCGAGCCGUCGCUCACGACGAUCACCGAGGAGCCAAACUCGUGGCACAGCCAACAAGAGUCCUGCAUCAUCGUGCAGCCAGAAGUCAAAGUUGAAACUUCCACCUGCGCCAAUCAGAACUGCAACGGAUCAGACUCGAGUGGCUCUAGUCGCACCUCUCCAGUUCCAACAAUGUCUCAUAUCACUACUAAAGUCACUGCCACGGUUACUGCCAAGGUCGAGGUUCACACUCCAUUGACGAGAGGAAGGGAUCGGAGUGACAACUGUCGACACGGAGGUGGCAGAAGAAGCUCGCGCUGCAACGUGUCGGUCAACACAGCCGAGUCUUCCGGCUCGAGUUCUGAGCCGGAUUCUGAUACAAACACGAACGGCAAGCGUUAGCAGGUGGA